CCGGCAGAGCGGGGUCCCGGCACCACGGCGCUCGGGUUUUGUUUGGGCCCUGCGUGGAGGGCCCGGGUGCCGGGGCCCAGGUGGCGCCUCGCUAGCGGGAGAGGGAGCGGGAUCACCGGCCCGGAGAGAGCUCUCAGGGCCUGAGUGGGGCAGGAGGAUGCUUUCCCAGCCCCACCAUGGAGCUGCGCUGUGGGGGAUUGCUGUUCAGUUCUCGCUUUGAUUCAGGGAACCUAGCCCACGUGGAGAAGGUGGAAUCUGUGUCUAGUGAUGGGGAAGGAGUAGUGGGUGGUGCCUCGGCCUCCACCAGCAGCAUUGCCUCUUCCCCUGACUAUGAGUUCAACGUGUGGACCCGACCAGACUGUGCUGAAACAGAAUUCGAGAAUGGGAACAGGUCAUGGUUCUACUUCAGUGUCCGGGGAGGAACUCCAGGGAAACUCAUCAAGAUCAACGUCAUGAACAUGAACAAGCAAAGCAAGCUGUAUUCCCAGGGCAUGGCCCCCUUUGUGCGCACACUGCCUACCCGGCCACGCUGGGAACGCAUUCGAGACCGGCCCACCUUUGAGAUGACAGAGACGCAGUUUGUGUUAUCCUUUGUUCACCGUUUCGUGGAAAGCCGUGGGGCCACCACCUUCUUCGCCUUCUGCUACCCCUUCUCCUACAGUGACUGCCAGGAUUUGCUAAACCAGCUGGACCAGCGCUUUCUGGAGAACCACCCUACCCAUAGCAGCCCCCUAGAUACCAUCUAUUACCACCGGGAGACCCUUUGCUACUCUCUGGAUGGACUGCGUGUAGAUCUGCUAACGAUCAGUUCCUGCCAUGGGCUUCGAGAAGAUCGAGAGCCCCGCCUAGAGCAGCUAUUUCCUGAUGCCAGCACACCCCGACCAUUCCGUUUCACAGGCAAGAGGAUAUUCUUCCUAAGCAGCAGGGUACACCCUGGGGAGACUCCAUCUAGCUUUGUCUUCAAUGGCUUUCUGGACUUCAUCCUUCGACCUGACGAUCCUCGGGCCCAAACCCUACGUCGCCUCUUUGUCUUUAAGCUGAUUCCCAUGUUAAACCCCGAUGGCGUAGUCCGGGGCCACUACCGCACAGACUCGCGUGGAGUGAAUCUGAACCGUCAGUACCUGAAGCCUGAUGCAGUCCUGCACCCAGCCGUCUACGGGGCUAAAGCUGUGCUUCUCUACCACCACGUGCACUCCCGUCUGAACUCCCAGAGUCCCUCUGAGCACCAGCGCAGUCCCCAUCUCCCUCCUGAUGCUCCCCUUUCUGACCUUGAGAAAGCCAACAAUCUCCGAAAUGAAGCUCGCCUUGGGCACUCACCUGACGGGGGGAGCCCUGAGGCCUGGACACAGACCGAGCCAGCAGAGCCGAAGCACCACAGCGUGUGGAUUAUGCCACAGCAGUCCACUGAGGCUGAGCAUCCAGACCCCGACACCAUCCCCCCCAAAGAGAGUGGUGUUGCUUACUACGUGGACCUGCAUGGACAUGCUUCUAAAAGGGGCUGCUUCAUGUAUGGAAACAGCUUUAGUGACGAGAACACCCAGGUGGAAAAUAUGCUGUAUCCAAAGCUCAUCUCCUUGAACUCAGCCCACUUUGACUUCCAGGGCUGCAAUUUCUCAGAGAAGAACAUGUAUGCCCGAGACCGCAGAGAUGGCCAGUCUAAAGAGGGAAGCGGCCGGGUUGCAAUCUACAAAGCCUCAGGGAUAAUCCACAGCUACACACUUGAAUGCAACUACAACACUGGACGCUCAGUAAACAGUAUCCCUGCCGCCUGCCAUGACAACGGACGUGCCAGCCCCCCUCCCCUGCCGGCCUUCCCCUCCAGAUACACUGUGGAACAGUUUGAGCAGGUGGGACGAGCUAUGGCCAUUGCAGCUCUGGACAUGGCAGAAUGCAAUCCAUGGCCCCGAAUUGUGCUGUCAGAGCAUAACAGCCUCACGAACCUCCGGGCCUGGAUGCUAAAACACGUGCGCAGCAGUCGAGGCCUGAGCACUACUGUGAACACGGGUGUCAACAAGAAGAGAGGCUCUCGAACUCCACCCAAAAGUAACAAUGGACUGCCUGUUUCCUGCUCUGAAAAUACCUUGAGCUGCGCGCGAAGUUUUAGCACUGGUACAAGUGCUGGUGGUAGCAGCAGCAGUCAACAAAAUUCUCCACAGAUGAAGAACUCCCUCAGCUUUCCUUUUCAUGGCAGCCGGCCUGCAGGGCUGCCAGGCCUGGGCUCCAGCACCCAAAAGGUCAGCCACCGGGUGCUGGGCCCCGUCAGAGAGCCCCGAAGCCAGGACAGGAGACGGCGGCAGCAGCCACUGACCCAUCACCCUACUUCAAGCAGCCCGGCCCCGUCCCAAACUCCUGUUAGUUCUAACACAGCCUCUUUACACAUGGGCUCCUGCCUACUGCCCAACUCACUCGGCAUAUCAGGGAGUAGCUGCUCAUUCCUACCCUCAGGGGACAAACCAGAGGCUGUCAUGGUGAUUGGGAAAGGCCUGCUAGGGGCUGGACCUCGGAUCCCCUGUAUCAGGACCCGACUACAGACCUGCCCGAGGAGAGUUCCCGCCAGGAGGGGUCCCGGAUUCCCCAGGCUAGGCCCAGGUUGGGCCGGGGCUCACCGCCGACUCGCAGAGGGAUGAGAGGCUCUUCGGGCCCCACGUCCCCUACCCCCCGGAGCAGGGAGAGCAGUGAGCCAGAGCCGGGACCCUGCUCCAUACCACGGUGAGCACCAGGGUGCAACGCUUCACCCCACCUCUCACUUCUAUCCCCUUAUUCCCAUUUCUGCCAUUCAAGAUCAUUUUCUUCCUUCCCUUCUCCCUUUGACCCCCGAAAGACUAAAUGUACCUUCAUUAAGAACCUAGUCCCUGACUUUUUUCCCCAUCAUGCUGUCCGUCUUCACUCCAACAGACAAGAGAACAACUUCUAGUUAGGCCUAAGGAGCAGGCUGGUCAGACCAUUCCUGUCAGACCACUGUGCAGUGCUCAACCUGCCUAUCCUCACCCACCUUGCCUCUCUCACCUCCCAGCCCCUGGCUGAAAGACCAGAAGAAGGGCGGAGUUUUCACAACCCUGACUCCUCUCUCUUCUCUGUUGCAGGCUGCCUCAGGCUGGGCCCCCACGGCCCUGCUCUGCCCCUGCCUUUUCUCCUAUUUCCCGUAGUCUGUCUGACUCCCAGUCCCGGAUUUGUUACAGUGGGGGGCCCUUGGGCCAAACUGAGGUUUGUUUUGUCCCUAAAU